AUGAGUCCACGUACUAGAAGCAAGUCAGCUAGAGAUCUGACCAAGUCUAUUAUUUCUGAAUUACCGAUUGGUGCACUACAUAGAAUACUAGAACUUAUGCCCAUCAAAUAUGCUGCAAGAUCUAGCAUCUUAUCAAAACAUUGGAGACAGUUAUGGUCUACACAGCCUAAUCUUGUGUUCGAUCCUAUGUUUUUUCAGCAUGUAUCUAAUACUGAGGAUUCUGCUGCAAGCAUAAUUCAUAAAAUUCUCAUGAAACAUACUGGAGAUAUUCUGGGAUUCCAUCUCAUCUCCGAUGCAGACACUUUAACACAGUCCGAUGUGGAUAAAUUCAUCAUUUUUGCCUCGAAUCAUGGUAUCCAAAAGCUCACUCUAGAAAUGGCCAAUGAUGAAAAAUAUGUGUUACCUGAUAGCAUAUUUACUUGUGCAACGUUGACACAUUUGAAGCUCUCAAUGUGCACCUUUAAUCUUCCGGAUGGUACCCGAUUUCCCAAUCUUAUUAGCCUUCAGUUAGAACAUUCUAAAAUUGCCGGUCAUCGAGGAUUCGAAAACAAACUUAAUUUGCCAAUUCUCGAGACUUUGGAGUUGAGAUUUUGUGUUGAUGUUCAUUCUGUUUCUUUGGUUUGUCCAAAACUUGAGAACUUGUCUAUCAUUAGCAGCUAUACAAUUACAUUUCGAUGUUUUUUUCUGAACCCAAUCUUUAGUAUCAUUAAGCACCUCUGCUUGAAUGGAACUUCCCUGGAGAAACUUCGCUCGGCGUAUGUGGAAGACAAGCUUCGCCAACCACUAAAAUUGCAAAGCCUGAAAAUAUGUAACUUUAAGAUUUCAGUUGAAAGUAUUGCUUGUGCAGUUUGCCUGCUUAGGAGUUCUCCCAACCUUUACAAAAUCGAAAUAGACAAAGUUGCUAAGGUUGAUGAGACAUUGAAUCAGAAAAGGGAACUGUUAUCUUACUUAUCAAUGAAAAAAAAAUGUGUGGAUGAAGCUCUGAGAUUGAUUCAAACAUUGAGGUUGCGGAAAUUCAAGGGAUCAAGAAUUGAAAUGUGCUUAAUAAGAGUCAUAUUUUCUCAUUCUCCAAACCUAGAGAGGAUGAUCAUUGAACAGUGCGGGGAAUUAGGAAAUACUACAAACUAUAAGGAAAAAUUGAGGGAACAGUUACGCUCCAUUACUCGAGCAUCACCAAAAGCGAUAGUCGUAUUUGCUUUGUCAUAG